AAGACACCGUACAGAACCGGCAUUGGUACUCUCUGCAGUACUGAAGCGAAUAACACAGAAACACCAAUGAUACCGAAUGCAAGACACGCCGUGACUCGUUGCUCUCUAGUGCCAAGGAAUUUAGGCUUCUCUCCUGGUGCGGCUUCCUUAGAUUCUCUCCCCAGACUCUGGACGUGGCUGAUAGAACGUACAGUCGCCGCCACAAAAUACGGGGUCCCUAUCACGCUGCAGAUCGCUAUUUGCACACUAAUGAUCACUCGAAGACACUUGUAAAGUGUAUGUCAGCGCUUGUUUUCUGCGCGGUGGUGUAUUUGCUUACAUACUAUUUAUCAAGUCUGUCCCAACAACUGACAUCCGAUAAAGGUAAAAAUGGCCAUAUAGAUACUGCGACCUAUACCGAACACACGCUCGUUCUCUAUGCCUUCUAUGAAUCCGAAGAGAGGAAAGCGAAUCUCCAAUUCUUUAUUGACUUUGCUAUUAAGAAAAAUAAUUCUAACAUUGAUUAUGUGAUCAUUGCGAAUGGUUUCUCCUGCACAGUCGAGAUACCAACAAUGUACAACAUAUAUGUGAUAAGAAGAGAAAACACUGGCUUUGAUGCCUGUGCAUGGAAACAAGCGUUGGCUAAGAUGAAGAAAGAAAAAGGGAGAUAUUGGUAUAACUACGUAUUUUUUCUUAAUGCCUCUGUACGUGGACCAUUCUUACCAGGAUACGCAGAAGAUCAGAACUGGAUUUCACUAUUCACAAAAUAUUUGACAAACGAUAUUAAACUAGUCGGAACAAGUAUUUUCUGCCCUGACCCAAGAUCUCCAAACAAAACGUUACACCUACAAUCCAUGUUUCUAGCGACUGACCAGGCUGGACUUACGAUUGUUGAGCCUAUCCUUCAAUGUGGACAUAACAAAGAAUUUGCAAUCAAUAAUGUUGAGAUGAAACUGACUCAGGCAUUCCUGAAAAAUGGAUAUAAUAUUGCAUCUUUGUUGAAACGCUGGCAAGGCCACGAUUUCAGGGAUAAGGCGAAAACACAAGAGAUGUGCGAACACGACAUAACAGGGAAGCCACAUGGGGAUCCGUACUUUCAUAAUUUGUACUUCUCUAACGUUGAUAUAUCGCCAUUUGAGGUGAUAUUUUUCAAGACAAAUAGGGGAGUAAACGAUGACCUCGUAAAAGCAUACACUAAAAUGAUGUAUGAGAAAAUGCAGAAUUAAGUAUUUAUUUAACAUUGUUGGAUCUCA